AUGCUGAGUCCGGCGUUGCUCAAAGUGUCACUCAAUCGGAGGUUCGUCCCUUUUUUUCUGUUUCAAUUGUGCCUGAUCUGUGUGUUUUCAGAAGUUCUGCUCCAGUGCCACAAGACGAGGUGAGUAUGAAAACACAAAAAGAAGAAAAGGGAAGCGGAUGGAAGAGAACUCUGAUCGGAAGGGGAGCAAUCGGGCUCAGAAGAGCCGGCACCUUUGAGGACUUUCCCCAGUGCUUUGGCCACUAGCCAGUGUUUUGACGAAGAUAUUGUGCUCUCAGGAUACUCUCCGGCCAUUUGGUGGCUUUGAUGAAGGCUUGUGGCGACCCACAAACCACUCUUGAUUAUUUCCUUCUUCAAUUUCUUUUCAGAAGAUGAUCUUCCCUUCGCGGAGUCGCACAACCGCUUAUCUGCAGCCAAUGAUGGAGGAUCAGGAACUCAUCGGAUUCAACAGAGACAGAAGUCAGUUCCAUUCUUUCCCAACUUACCGUUCCUUUCCUUUCCAGGACGCAGCUCUGGAUCCAUAAUCGUAGACAGUCUCGAGCUGGCACAUGUGUCCCCGAGCCGUCGUUCCUCGAUCGCAUCCACCCUUCCGACCGACAAAAAAACAAGGAGAAGGCUUUCUAAUCCGGUGAGCGAUUGGAAAAAGAAAUAGAUGAUUCGGUCCUCUCUCUCUCUCUCUCUCUCUCUCUCUCGGGUUUCAUCCGGUUAAUAAGUGGGAAGAGAUAAGUGGUAAAUGAUGAAUGUUCGAGCAACUUUUUCGAAUCAACUGCGAGAAACAAUCGAUCUUCGCCUCAUCCGCUCUGACUACCAACUGUCGUUUUGGCCUGAUUCGAACGAGAUGAUAUGCCGUCUUUGAUUCCUUACUCAUGAUCAUCCGAACCUUUCACACUUCUCUUCUUCCUCCAUGCGUCCUUUCUUCUUCUUUCAUUUUUCUCGCUUCUCGAUCGCACUGACCGGGCACCUCUGCAACUUUCGGCCUCCCAUAGCCCAUCCCAUUUUCUGUCUUCUCAUGACCUCAAAUAACAGCGUCAUCAGUCUCAUUUCCUCAUUUUCUUGCGACUCUUUGAUCGUCGGCCGAAAAUCAGUUUCUCGAGUGCUUUCGACAUCCCGAUACUCUCCAUAAAUCUCAGCCGGAUCCCUCCCCACCCAUCUGCCACCGGCAACAAUUCUCCAACUUCUUGCUCAUCUUCUUCUUCGCUUUCUUCUCGGCCUGUUCAAAAUGUUCUCCAAGUCGAGUAAUCUGCUCGGAACGACCUCCAUCUUCCGCGAUCAGUGGCUCAAAGAUGACUUCCGUAGUCGUCAAAGACGCCCUUCUCUCGUCGGUUCCUCCCUCGGUGGGACGUCUCCCAAUCGGAGGGAUUCGGUUGUUCCGGGAUGUAAUAAAACUGUGAGUUUCAUGGAAAUAUUUCAUGGAAGUUUACAAAGCCAAAUAGAAAACACAUGAUGCUCGUUGAAAACAAGCGGAACGAGAAGUUAUUGGGACCAAAAACACGGCGAUUUGUCACUUGAAGAGUGCGUUUAUUUUCAGGUUCCGCUCCACCAAUACACAGAGGAUCCGACUCUCGCGUGGGAAAUGCUCAAGGAGAAGAGACCGGUGAAGCCAGUGCGGCAGAUGAGACUGGAUACGCCCGUCAAGCCGGACCACGUCAGAUUCGUUUGCAUCGGAUGCACCCACGGAGAGCAGAUGGACAUCUCGAGACUGCCUCCGGGGGAUGUGCUUUUGGUGGCCGGUGACUUCACUUCUUGCGGUCUUCCGAACGAGGUGCACAACUUCAAUAAACUGCUCGGGAAGCUGAAGUAUGCGUACAAAGUAGUGAUAGGAGGAAACCACGAAUGCACAUUUGAUGACUCGUUUCUGAAACUCAGUGAGCAAACUCUAAAGAUCAAAGAAAUUAACAAUCGCUUGCAGACAAAGAGUCGGAGCCCAAAGAGAUGGCGCUGAAACAGGCGUUGUUAUCAGCAAUUCACUCCGAUUCGAAAGGAGGAAUUUCAGCGAAAGUGAGACCCUGUCAGAUGAUUCAUACGAGUGUACUUUUUGCAGGACCUUCUCUCGAAUGCGAUCUAUCUCGAGGACAAUGUGAUCGAACUGUUCGGCAUCACAAUUUACGGAACCCCCUGGUACUGAACUCGCUGAACUCUCCUCUUCACUUUUUGACCUUUCAGGCAACCGAAGGUAGACAACUGGGCCUUCAACCUCUCUCGCGGACAGCCACUUCUCGACAAAUGGAACCUGAUCCCCACCGGAGUUGACGUCCUUCUGACCCACACACCUCCGCUCGGUAAGCUCUUUGGAAAGGUACGAAGUACGUGGAAGUUGCAGGACACGGAGAUAUGAUGAACAACGGGCAGAGAAUGGGAUGCGUCGAGCUGCUAAAUACGGUCUUCAAGAGGGUGAAACCAAAAUACCACGUGUUCGGACACAUUCAUGAAGGAUACGGCUGCACGACUGACGGCUACACAAAGUUCAUCAACUGCUGCUCGUGCAAUGAGAAUCUUGACAUGACGGUAGGAAGGAGGGAUACUAUAGGUUGGCAACAUGUGCUCGUUGCAGAAUGAUCCCGUAAUAUUCGACAUCCCAGUGCAUCCGCACACAAAGCAAUUCUACGUACAGAACGUCAAGAAGAUUCAGAAGCGAUUCCAGAAGAAGAAGUGA